AGUAAAGAUGAGAGCUUUCUUUUUGGUCAGUUUGGCAGCCGUUGUGGCAGUAGCCUUCGCAAGAGAUACAAGAUACAGAAGAAAUGUGGAUUUAGAAGCGGCAGCCUCUCAUCACUGGGAGAAAGGAGGAGGCGGCGAACAUCAUGGUCACCACCAUAGCGAACACGGGGGACAGGGGGAGAAAGGAUACAAGGGCUACCAUGAACAAGACCAUGGCAAGAAAGGACACCAUCAUCAAGAAGGCCAUAAAGGAUACUACGGAGAAGAAGGGGGCCACAAGAAACAUCAUCACCAUGACGAUGGAUACUACGAUGAGCACAACCAUGGCGAGAAGGGCGAAAAAGGACACGGGUUCGAAGAGAAGGGUCACUAUCAUAAAGGACAUUCCACCAAAGGACAUCACGGAAUCCAUAAAAUAGAUGAAUUCAAGAAGGACAAACAUUUCCAUGACAAACACGGCGAGUCUGGAUUCGAGGAAGGGUAUGGUGGUCAUCAUCACGAAGGCGGAUAUAAGAAGGGUGGAGAAUUCCACAAGGGUCAUGAUGUAGGAGGUUUCCAUGAGCACGAACAUGGUCAGAAAGGAUUCCACGAAGAGGGUGGCCAUCACAAUGAUCAUAAGGGACAUCACGGGGAAGGCGGAGAACACGAGUACUGGGGUCACGAUGAAAGCCACGGCAGCAAAGGUGGACAAGAAGAACACAAGGGUUGGGACUGGAAGAAAGGACACAAAUAA